CCAACACCAUCGCUCGCCUUAGAGCUCUCUUUUAACAUUCGCCAUUUCAUCAUCAAUCAUCAAUACCUUAUCUGUGUCACUCUGUUGAACACACGUCUCCGCAUCAAUCUUGAUUCGACAUGUCACAGGAAGACGAGGAUUCCCGCUCCGUGGCCGAGAGCUUGCCCGACGAAUCGACCAGUGCCCCUGCGAAACAGUCAUAUCGUUCUUUCAAAAAGAAGUAUGCCAAACUCAAAGUCAAAUUCGAGCUUGGGAUGAAGGAGAGCGAGUCUCUGAUCCGCGAAGAGUUGCGCAUCGAAGAUCUCUCAAAAAGAAUUCAGGAGCAGAACGACCAACUUCUAGAGGUUCUCCUUGAAUUUAACGAAAGUUUGCACGUCCCAGCGGAUCAGCGAUUUGAUAUCAGUGCGCCGGGAGACUCCUCCUUCCUGCCGACGCCUGAACGAUCGCCGAUGUACGUCGACACUGCGACGGCAAAAUCCACUUUGAAAGAUGCGAAAGCACAGAUGGCUGCUGGUAGCAUGACACUCGAAGCAUAUCGCACUCUGGAAGACGAUAUCAAACGAGGCAACGCCUUUGCACCGCACAUGCAUUACACUGCUCUCCAAAAGGUGCCUCAUACGUCGGUUCCGUCCGUAAAACAGGAUUCUUCUACAGAUAUCAGCCUGGAGGAGAAGCUUGGAUAUCUUACUCCGGAGCACGAGACCGAGUAUUACUUGAGCAUGGAUGCAAAGCUCGGCGACGAAGCAGCUGCCCUCGAGCUUAGUCGCAUACCCGAAAAGCCAUCAUUCGCUGAACGGGAAAGGGAAUUGGCGCUACGAAACCCAGUCUCCGUCUACAACUGGCUCCGGCGCAAUCAGCCACAUAUUUUCCUGCAGGACCAUGAGAACGCCUCCGAGAAGUCAGGCUCUAGACCAACUAAUGCGCGGGCGUCCAAAAGAGCAACCCAGCCACGCAAAGAGGAGGAGGCUUACGACGAGGAUGGCGUCCUAAUGGAUACCGGUCCUACUCCGGGUAGCACCAAAGGCAAGCGCAAGCGCGAUGACGAUACGGGCUAUAGACCCAAGGGUGGCAGUAGCCGUCCCAGCAAGAAAAAGAAGGACGACACGAACUCAAAUGCCAAGCGCACGUCGAAAAGGUCGUCAGGUUUGGUUGCCUGAAGACCUGUUUGUCUGCUCUAAGCAUUGAUCUCCCUCUAUGUACUAUUAUAUUUCUCGUUUCCCCUUCCGACGUCCGGACUAUCCGGGGUGACACCGUAGGAGAAGCUGCCUACUGAGGACUGCCAGUACUGCCCUUUAUUUCUUAUGUUGAUCCCGGUUUGACCGGCAUGGCUGUCUCUCGCAAAGUGUGUCGUAUUUUGACAAGCUUGAGAAACGUGCAUUAUCAUUCAGCCAUACUCCUUCACUUCUUUUCUUGCUGUCUUAUCAUUCUCUUUCAUUUUUUCCUCAUAAUGUUGACUGGCGAGGGCAUGAUAUGAACCAUAAAUGGAAACGCCUAAUUAGAUGCAUGAAUAACUACAAUAAAAAAUCCACUGGUGCA